AUGGACGACGAGGUGCGUCAGAUCUUUAACAAGUUCGACAAGAACGGGGACGGAAAAAUCUCGAUCACAGAGUUACGAGACAUGCUCGGUGCGCUAGGAUCCAAAACGACGAACGAGGAACUGAAACGCAUGAUGGAGGAACUCGACCAGAACGGCGACGGUUACAUUGAUCUCAAGGAGUUUGCCGACUUCCACUGCAAUGAGACCGGAAACGAUGACUCGAAGGAGCUCCGCGACGCGUUCGAUCUCUACGAUGUCGACAAGAACGGCCUCAUAUCGGCGAAAGAGUUGCACGACGUGCUCCGCAAGCUCGGCGAGAAGUGCUCCCUCGGCGACUGCCGGAGAAUGAUCAGCAACGUUGACGUCGACGGCGAUGGCAGCGUCAACUUUGAGGAAUUCAAGAAGAUGAUGACUCGCUCUUAA